AUGGCAGGGAACCUGAAGAAAGGCGGGGGGCUCAUCGGAAUGAUGAAGGAUGCCUUCCAGCCACACCAUCACCACCUCCACUCCCAUCACCAGCCUGGGGCCGUGGACAAAAAGACAGUGGAAAAAUGCUGGAAACUGAUGGACAAGGUGGUGCGUCUGUGCCAAAACCCCAAAUUGGCCCUGAAGAACAGCCCUCCUUACAUCCUAGAUCUGCUGCCAGACACCUACCAGCACCUGCGCACCAUUUUGUCACGGUAUGAGGGCAAAAUGGAGACUCUGGGUGACAACGAGUACUUCCGGGUUUUCAUGGAGAACCUAACAAAAAAGACCAAGCAGACGAUCAGUUUGUUCAAGGAGGGCAAGGAGAGGAUGUACGAGGAGAACUCACAGCCCAGGCGGAAUCUGACCAAGCUGUCGUUGAUCUUCAGCCACAUGCUGGCUGAGCUGAAGGCCAUCUUCCCCAACGGCCUGUUUCAGGGUGACAACUUCCGCAUCACCAAGGCAGACGCUGCAGAGUUUUGGAGGCGUGCCUUCGGGGACAAGACCAUCGUGCCUUGGAAGGUGUUCCGACAGUCCCUCCACGAGUUUCAUCCCAUCAGUUCUGGUUUAGAGGCUAUGGCCCUCAAGUCCACUAUAGACCUCACCUGUAACGACUACAUCUCUGUGUUUGAGUUUGACAUCUUCACCAGGCUGUUCCAGCCUUGGUCGUCCCUGUUGCGGAACUGGAACAGCUUGGCAGUUACUCACCCGGGGUACAUGGCCUUCCUCACCUACGAUGAGGUCAAAGCGCGGCUGCAGAAGUUCAUUCACAAGCCUGGCAGUUACAUCUUUCGAUUGAGUUGUACACGACUAGGCCAGUGGGCCAUCGGCUACGUGACAGCAGAUGGAAACAUACUCCAAACCAUUCCCCACAACAAACCCUUGUUCCAGGCCCUCAUAGAUGGCUUCAGGGAAGGAUUCUAUUUAUUCCCUGAUGGCCGAACCCAAAACCCUGACCUGACAGGGCUGUGUGAGCCUUCGCCUCAAGACCACAUCAAAGUCACACAGGAGCAAUAUGAGCUGUACUGUGAGAUGGGCUCCACUUUUCAGCUGUGUAAGAUCUGCGCUGAGAAUGACAAGGAUGUGAAGAUUGAGCCCUGUGGUCAUCUCAUGUGUACAUCGUGUCUAACUGCCUGGCAGGAGUCAGAGGGUCAAGGAACAGGAUGUCCGUUCUGUCGCUGUGAGAUUAAAGGUACAGAGCCCAUCGUCGUGGAUCCCUUUGACCCAAAGGACAACAGUGGGGGCUCCUGUAGAGGCACCUUUGGGGCUGAGGGGGCGCCAUCACCCAGCUAUGACGAUGAUGAUGAUGACAGACUUGAAGAUCCCCACCUCAUGAUGAGCAAACUGGCCUGUUCAAAGGUGGAACGUCCUCCAUCACCUAUGUCCAUGGCUCCUCAGUCCUCUCUUCCCCCUGUGCCGCCCAGACUAGACCUGUUACCACAUAGACCCUCUAACCCUUCCUCUGGUGCCUCCAGUCCAGGGGUCACCACAAAGGCAGCAUCUCACCACAAAGACAAACCACUCCCCCUCCCCCCAGCACUGCGGGAUCUCCCUCCCCCUCCUCCCCCAGACCGCCCACACUCAACGGGGACAGGCCCUGAUGCACGGCUGCAGAGACGGCCCUUACCUUGCACUCCUGGGGAGCCUCCACGUGAUAAGCUCCCUCCAGCUCCUCCAAACCGGCCGCUGGCAGAGUGGAACUCCCGGCCCGUCCCCAAGGCCCCCACCUCCUCCUCCUCACCUUCCUCAUCAUCUUCCUCAUCCACCCAAGUGUCCAGUCUUGGAGGAGACAUGAGAGCAGGUGUCCGGGAGCUCUCCAACCGACACUCCCUCCCAUUAGCACUGCCCUCUGCUCUGGACACACGCUCGGAUUCACAGAAGAACAACAGCUCCCUCAGUCUGGACCACCAGCUGAAUUUUGCUGCAGUAGUUGGUUCAGACUAUGACAACCCCAAAGUCAAACCCUCAGCGUCAGCCAACGCCAUCUACUCACUGGCAAGCAGGCCGUCUCCAGCACUAAGGACUGUGACGGGAGAUGAGGCACGCGACAGUGAGGAGGAGUCCGAGUACAUGAUCCCCUCUUCCCGCCCUGUUCUGCCCCCCAUCACAGCCCCACCUGUAGGGGAGAACCCACCUAUCUCAAGGCCGUCUCAGCCUUUGUCCGCCCUCCAGACACAGACCCAAGCCUCCACUCUGAACUCAAGGAUGGCUCUGGCUGAACUGGAGGAUGGACCCCAGAUGUAUGAAGCCAUGUACAACAUCCAGGCCAGAUCUCAGGCCACAGACUCCGACUAUUCAGAGCUGCCCCCGCUGGCGUUGACCAACGGGCCCAGAGAUCACCCUGCAGAGGAGAGGGAGGAGGAGGAAAAUGGCUACGACUACCCUAAACCUCGGUUGCCGAUGCCCCCAGCCCGACGGACCCUCUCAGAACUGGGAGGGUCGUCGUCAUCGUCUUCGUCGUCUUCAUCCUGCUCUUCCUCCUUAGCUGCUUUCAGCCGCCUUUCUCUCGAUUCGGACGCUGGAGCUGCAGCAUCUUUCUCAGAGUCGGUGGAAGCACCAGAGAGACCCCCAAAGCCCCUGCCCCGGCGAAUCAACUCGGAGCGUCGGCCCAGCCCCGUCCCACCCGUCCCUGCCCCUCCCACUGGCGGAGCAACAGGAGGAGAAGCCAACCCCCAAAUCAGCAGCGAGAUCGAGCACCUCAUGAGUCAGGGCUACUCGUACCAGGACAUCCAGAAAGCACUGAUGAUCGCACAGAACAAUAUAGAAAUGGCCAAGAAUAUCCUCCGCGAGUUUGUCUCCAUUCCCUCCACUGCGCAUAUUCUUACAUAGCGCACUCCCUGUGCCUCUCUCUCAUGUUCGCUCUCUCGCCCUCGCUUGGCCCAGCCUGGUUGGGUUUAGGUUGGCACAGCCCGGCCCAGCUCAAAGCCCGUUGCCUGCAGCACUACCUCCGGUGCUGGCUGACGCCCUUCGCCCCUGUGGAUUUUUAACUGGCUGUUACUCCAGUGAGCUCACAGCAUCUCUGGGAAUCCGUGCCCUGCACUCCAUGCGCUUUCAAAGUGUCUGGCCUUCUUCAAACUGCUACAGCAGGGCCUCUUUGUUUUCAAGAGCAUCUCCACAGGACAAACUGAGCGCAUGUGGAACAAUGAUGGGACGCCACACGACGCAAGACCUUUGCAAGAAUCCUCAGAAGACUGAUUCUUCUCUUUCAUUUUGAAGCCUCUUGCUGAAAAUGUAACCAACACCUCACAAAUAAAACUAAAAAUGUAUGUCUAUAUGAAAAUUUAAUAUAUGAGUAAAUAUAUAUUAAAUGUGUGUAAUAUAUACAGUACGUGCAUAUACAGUAUGUGAAAAUGAUUUCAGCUUUGAGGGUCGCUGUUGGUACAAGCGAUACGGGCAGACAGGCACUAGAUUAAGGUGGCGUUUGGCGCUUCUGUCUGACUGGAAAACCUGCCUGUGGGUGUUUCCACGUGAGCGUGUGGAGAAGUACAUGUGAGGAAGAGGAGGAGUCAUGGGGGCUUCCUCACCAGGAUCUGUUUCAGGAGCUUAGAAGACAUGCAGCAGAGCUUUUUUAUGAAUUCAGUCUGUUAUGGCCUUUGAUUAACAACGCUUUUGGUACUUUUUUUUUUUUUAGAUACAUGCUUGUUUGUCGUGUUGUAUUUUUCGAAGUAGCAUGACGAUGGUUUCAGGUCUUGACUGUUGUCUGGCGGUGUGUGUGUCUACGUACGUAUGUGUGUGUGGGUGUGUAUGCCAGACUUAAUCCUCAUGACCUGCUCUUAAACGAACCCCUGUUCCUGUACAACAUGAAUGUGGAAUUAGUCAUUAUACUCGGACUCCUGCUCUGUAAACAAACUACUGCUCGAAGUCGUGUGGCAGGGUGUUGUGUAGCUGUAGAGCCUGGCAGUGAGAUUAUUAGAGAUGUAAUAAUGUCGACGACCCUGCAGUACCAGACAGGCUAGUGUUCUGUGAUCCGUGGCGGCUGAGACGUUUUCGUUCUUCGUCUAAUUUCAUUGGCUGGCUGGUCUUGGGUUUCUGUCUCCAGCUCAGUCCAGUGUUAAUAAACAAAAAAAAGUCAUUGAUUUACUUUGGUAAUAUAUUAUUGUAAUAUGAUCAUAAAUAUUGUUAUUACAAUUAAUUCAGAAGUGCUUCACUGCUGCUACUAUUGUUAGUGCUAAACAAUUAAGCCUUAAAUGUACAUUUGUGAAUAUUGUGUUUAACCGUCAUUCUGUUCUUUAAAGUGACAGUAUCAUCCAUGUUUCUCCAGUCCAUAAUGUAGCAUACUUGAAAGUACAAGCGGCUUGUGAGCCCGCAGCUCGACUCUUCAGUGUUUUACCUUUUUUUUUUUUUCUUCCUUGUUUUUCUUUUACGAUUCUCUGCAGGUAGACUCUGUACAGCAAAACGGUGAUGAAUCAAACAUGAUGCAUUAGCUGUGGAGACCAGCCAUUCUCUAAUAAUUUCAGGCUUCUCUUUUGACAUCCAUUUCCUCUCUCCCAUUGAGUUCGCCCUCGCUGAAAGGGAGAGAUUGCUGAGGCUUUUCAGAAAGUAGACUCAUGGGUUUGCUGGCCCACUCCCAGGUCUACAUUAAAAUCAGUAUUUGGGCCAACUGUAAGAACUUACUCAGGAAUAAUGUGUAUCUAUAGACUAAGCGGCGUUCACCCUGAAACAGAGGAGCUUCUUUAUCGGAGAAUAGAUCAUGUUCAUCCAGGUAACAUGUAGCCAAAAUUUUCCGUUUAAUGAAGUCACACAAGUAGCCUAUUACUUUUUGUUUUUUUGUCAGAUUAAAACUUGCACGUUACAUAUUUUUAAUGUUAGCAGGACUAGAGACAGCAGCCUCAUUUCCAGGUACUAUGAAUGAAAACGUUUUUAGGUACAUCGACUUGAACCUCUCCCAGCAUAUGAAGAAUGUUGUUUUUUUUUAGGGGAGGGAGUAACUUACACCAGUAGUUAAUCAGCCUAAAUGGAUUCUGGGUAACGCUGUCUGUUGACUGGAAGCUAUCUCUGUGCCGUCAGGCCAUCCUCUCUAUAUUUUAUUUUUCCUUUUUUCUUUUCUGUUCCAAGUUGCCUUGAGAAACUUCUUGAAUGAUGGGUAACGGACCGGGAGGUUUGACUUCGAAGCACCCCAGUCCUCAAUACUGUACCAAUGUUUUGUAUUAUUUACCUUUUUUUAUUUGUUUUGUUUUUCGCACAGAAUACCAAUUUGUGCUUUGAUACUGUCACUCUAAAGAAAACCUAAUUGUAUAAAGUUAGUGAUAUAAAAAAAAAGUGGCUAUUUUAUUUCAUUUUGCAUUCCUGUACAUGUAUUUUGUUCCAAAGGUUUUGUUGACUUAUGUGAAUAAUUCUGUGAGCAGUGCCAUAUGUUUAGAAAUCCUCACCAUGUUUAGAGUAAGGCCUUGUUUUUGAAGAGAGUUUGUGGGUAUUGAUCUGUACCUGUUGAUCUCUGAAGGCGAGAUUGUGCAGUAUUGCUUGUAUUAAUCCUCUCUGCCUUGUCAGAUGCAUCGCUCGUCUGGGAGUACGAGCCCUGAUCUGUGAAAAGUCUCCACAUCCUUCUAACCUGAAGGAUAAACCAGAUCCUUCAUCAGCGCUUGUCCUCAGAGAUGCUCGAUGCGACCCCCCACCCCCACCCCCAAAACCUGUUACCUUCAAACCCUGCAAUGGGUGAAUUCAGCUUUCUACCAGAAGAGGGAGCUGAUACUCCAUGUAGUCGUGUCGCUUCUCAUCAGUAAAAGGCAUUCAUUAACUUUUUGAUGGUUUUUAAAGCUCAUAUCACUUUGGAAGUAUGCACAGUGCUGUUAAUAAAAUGUUAAGCAAACGC